UUCCUCGUGCGGAUAUAAUUUCGACGCGAAACCGUGUCGUCGGGUCGAAUCGAUGCGCUCGGUCUUUCCUUUCUUUUCCACGAGUGAAACGAGCGAAGCAAACUCCGAAUAUUAUGCGUGCUACGGUUCAUGUCUCGUCGGCGUGUGUGCGUGCGUGUAUGCGUCGCGACGCGAGAACCAGAUAUACGGGCGUAUGUGCGCGUGGCAUUAAUUUGCGCGCAUUUCGCGAUAAUUGUGCGGGAUCGUAUUGUUGUCGGUUGGCCGUGGAGGCGUGGAGGCUGUGUCCAGCGUUGUUGCGCCAACUCUUUUGUUAUUCGGAUGGUGUUCGAGUUUUGUUCUCAGCGGCGCGCACCGCCUUUCGUCACGGCGCGUUAUUCGGUUUUCGUGGUCGGUUCCUCCCGAAAGAGUAACGACCUUAAAAGUUACGCCAACGCCGACUCAACACGCGGUUUCCCGUGCUUCUCUUCUUUGAACGCGACGCGUAUAUCCGUGCUCGAUUCGAUUCUUCUCUUCUCCUCUCUUCGAUUCGAAGAGAACUGGAAUCGUCCGAGAUAUCGUUUUAAAAGGAAAGGAAAGUUGGAAAAGGUAGUGGGCAUCGAGGCGUUGCCAAGGUCACGAGGGAGGAGCUGAGGUCAUCGCUGCACCUAUGUUGUGCGGCGAACUCCUGAACGGUGGCUUCGUGAGUGGUGGAGCGGUACCGGUGAUUCCCUACGGUCUCUUAGGAUUCUGGUUGCCCGGCUGUUUACGCGCUAGCAGCCCAACCUCUCUCAACUCGUCUUAUCUGACCCUGUUGGCCGAACUUCUGGCCACGGGCCACCAGGAUCGUCGAAACGAGCCGAUGGAUCUCGCAAACAGGAGCCACCAGGCUCCCACCAACGGGGCGCUCGACCUUGACCUCGACCUGCACGCCGACGACAUCGACGAGAACGUAUUUCUCGAAAACGGUCUGCUCUCUUUCGAGAAUCCCAAUUACCAUUUGGACCCGGCUCGCCUGGACGAUGCUCUGAACAGCAACGAGAACGGGAGUUCCCUGUACGAUGAAUUGUACCAAGAAUUGGUCGGGAACGGUGGCAGAAGCGGCGAAGUGACUGGCGGCGGCGGCGGGGGCGGUGGCACGAGGGUUCAAGCGCGCAGAACGUAUGCCACGUUGGAUCUGGGCAGCAUGGGGGUUGACGUCACCCAAGGUCCUCUCACCCAGGACUCCGUGACAGAGGACGCGCAAGACAACACCGACAACCAUAACCUAGGGUACAGCAGCGAGGGUGUUGCGGAGUCUGCUCUGGUCGACGAUACCCUCAACGGAAAUCCUCGAUCUUCGUCGUCGUCCUCCUCGAUUCUGGCUCCCGUACAGUCAGCAUCCGCGGACACGGUCGACGCUGCGAAUCUGUCCGAUUCGAGAAAUUAUUGCGAGAAAGCGGAUAACGAAACGACAGAGAUGGGAGGCGUUCCGCACGUGGAGGGUGGAUUGAACAGCGAGCUGUACGCGGUCCCUGUGAAGCGGAGGCAGCCCAAGGAUCAAAAGAACAAUGCCACUAUGCAGAACAAUAGCCAGGAGAAGCCCGCUGAGGUAGAUACGACCGAUUCCGAGGACAAAGAUGAGAAUCUGCCACCAGGAUGGCAGAAACACGAGGACGAGAACGGACCUUAUUACUGGCACGUGAAAAGCGGGAAUAUACAGAGAGAGCCACCCGAGGCGCCACCGCAUUCCAAAAGGGAGUCGCGCAGAAGCCUGAUCAAGGACAACGAUAGCAUAAACAACUUCCACACGUUAAGCGGCAUGGUGAAUACCGUCACCCGCAGUAACACGAGCUCGGCCUUGGAUCAAGAGUUGGAAAACAAGAGAAAAGUGGAGCUGGCUCUCAAGCGAAGAAGCUAUCCCGCACGAGCGGACUCCGAGGGCAGGGACAAACCUAUCAGAUUCGCCGUACGUUCCCUCGGGUGGACUGAAAUCGCGGAGGAAGAUUUGACGCCUGAAAGAAGCAGCAAGGCCGUCAACAAAUGUAUCGUAGACCUGUCCCUGGGAAGAAACGAUCUGCUGGACGUGGUUGGACGAUGGGGCGAUGGGAAAGACUUGUUCAUGGAUCUGGACGAGGGCGCGUUGAAACUAAUAGACCCGGAGAAUCUUACCGUGCUCAACACGCAACCGAUUCACACAGUGAGGGUGUGGGGCGUUGGCAGAGACCACUGCCGCGAAAGGGACUUUGCGUACGUGGCAAGAGACCGGUCCACUCGGAAACACAUGUGCCACGUGUUCCGUUGCGAUAUUCCGGCGCGCACGAUCGCCAACACGCUUCGCGACAUUUGCAAGAAGAUCAUGAUCGAGCGAUCGCAACACCAGAAUCUCGCGAAGCCGGUGGACAUCAAUGGGCGAACGAGCCUCGCCACGAGACCGACUAAUCUGCCCACGGAGCAUCGACGCUUCCAUAGAAACGGACAAGCGCUAGUCACGCAAUCAUUCCCAACACCGAUGGAAGAACCGAAGAAGGUGUUGCGAGCGCAAUAUCUCGGAUCCAUGCAGGUUUCUCAAGCGACUGGAAUGGAGGUUCUCAACGACGCGAUAGAUCACAUCGUGGCUAACACGCCUAUCAAUCAAUGGCGAAACGUGAACGUCGCCGUCGCGCCCAGCAUGAUCUCCAUCCUUACACCGAACGAGGAGAAACUUAUCACCGAGUGUCGAGUUCGUUAUCUGUCGUUCCUCGGAAUUGGUCGUAACGUGAAACAAUGCGCCUUCAUAAUGCACACAGCGCAAGAUCUUUUCAUCGCACACGUUUUCAACUGCGAGCCUAGCAGCGGAGCUCUUUGCAAAACUAUUGAAGCUGCUUGCAAGCUGAGGUACCAGAAAUGCUUAGACGCACAUCCUCAAGGGUUUAGAAACGCUAGCAGCCUCAACACCCCGAGCGGAAAAGGUCUUGGCGCCACGUUGAAGUCUUUGGUCGGCUCUCUGACUGGGCGUAGAAAUAAGCAGGUUGAUUCCUUCGCUCGUUCCUUCACAGGAACUGUGGCCGCUGCCUGCUGAGCGAGAAGUGAUCAGACACAAGCAUCUACAGUCACCUCUGACCUUGAAAUACUUCAGCGGAUCGCCACCUAGUGCAUCUCUCAGGUCACUCCUUUCGCCCUCUCUGGACAACAGGCGUAUUCAACUGGCCCGUUGGGAGAGCAAUCCUUAAGUGGAACGUAGCCGCAGGUCGAGCCAACCAACUAUCUCUCAAACAAGAAGAAAGAAAGAUGAAAGGAAGAAGAAAAAAAAAAAAGAGAGAAUCGUAUUCUUACGUUAACGACUGAAUCGUGAAUUCUGCAGAGUGCUAUACUAAUUACCACAGCUAUAGUGGACUACGCUUACGUGUGUCGAUAUGAUGUUAUGUAUGUUACACGCAGUGUCAGACAAAAAGAAAAAAUAAAAAAAGAAAAGAUAAAAAUAUAUCGCCUUUGAGAAAGAAAGGCGGUGGAAGUUCGUGGAUUGGGGCCACGAAACUGGAGGUAGGAUUCUCAAGGUCGUCGCGUCCCUCGGGCGAACGUUUUCACGGGAUGAGAUCCUUGGAGAGAAACAAAGGCCGCGUAGAUCAGCGUCUAGAUCGUGUUGCGAAACUACGUUUCGAGAACAGAGGGAAUCCUGCAACGAUUUGGGACAGAGAUAGAGCGAAUAUCUGUAUAUAUACGGAAUGGUAAUUUAUCGCGCUAAAUUUAAUAAUAAAUCGCUGGAUUUAAAGGAAGUCCAGAGGAGGAGUGAAAGGGGAACGAUGCGUGAGUGACGGAAUGACUGAGGUAACGUUCUAGCGUAUCCACGAGGCAUUCGAAGAUUAAAAAGAGACGAACAAGCUAUAGAGAGCUUAAAUGUAUAACUUACAUGUGUAUUCUCGGAUGUACAGAUUAGAGAAACGAGAACGAGGAUGACCAGACCACACGAAAUAAACACGUAAUACACGCAUUAUAUAGAAGAGACACAUAUAGGAAUUCACGCGAUACAGGAAUACACAGGAGGUCUUUACACAGGUGUUCGUUAUGUAUAUGCAUACAUAAACACAGACGCGCGUACAGAUACACGGACACUUACUUACACGAGCAGGUAAUAGGAAGUUUAUUUUUUAUGGUGAAUUAUAGAAGAGUUUGCACCUUUUUGAAACGAAGGCGAUUAAAUGUGUUAGCGCGACCGUCCUUUAAAUCCACGGGAAGAAAGAGAUCGAAUUUACCAAGCUUUACGUACCGAUUUUGAGACUCGCAAUAAGAAAACAGUAUAUAUAAUAUAUAUACAUAUAUAUAAAUAUAUAUAUAUGUAUAUAAGUAUAUAUUAUUGUACGCACAAUCGUUGUGCAAUAACGCUAAUGCCUACACAAAACGAUUAACAAUUUCAUUCUGUUGAAACGGUGUAACGACUCGUCAUCGUUGCAUCGUUGUCGUCGUCGUUGUAACGCGCCUCGCUGAACAAAUUAAUUAUCGCUGAACUCCAUCAUACGCCCAGAUACUGGAAUGGCGUGAAAAUUUUUAGCCAUAAUAAAGUUCCGUGUUUGAAAAAAGAAUGAAAGAAAGAAAGAAAGAAAUAUCCAGCAACUUGCCAGCAGGGAGCUUAUUCACCGCCACGACGAUAUCCCGUUCUCCGGAACGGUUCGAACGUUGACGCUUUGACUCUUGCACGCGUGUGUCACGCGAUCACGGAGAGAAAUAAAUAUAUUGCGUACACGUAUGUAUUAUCCGCAAACUCAUUAUUCGCACGUGCACAGCGUCGAAUGCAUCUUUUCACACGCGGCGAACGUUUUCCAAGAUACCUGAAGACUUGGAACCGACAGAGUCGCUUCCUCUGCGCGUUCUUGUCAACGGAAAUCGUAUCACGUUUUCAUAAAAAGUUACACGUAUUCCGCGAGUCAUUGUAACAAUUCUCGGAAUCAUUGUUCGCGAGUACAGGACCACGCAAGCACGACUCCGACGACUCGAAAUGAUACUCCAAGUUUAUCGUCGACGAAGUGCUCGCGAUGCCUAAUGUCAAUCAGUAGCUUAGAGAAACCCGUGAAUAAUAAUUAAACCCGUAUGUACGUGUAUCAUCGUGCGCCGUUCGGUUCGUUUUCUAUCGUAUUAGCUUUAGGCCAAUUUUCCAUACCAGCGCCGAAUUUUUGCAGCAAAUCGCAGCGAGUUGUACAGAAGAGAACGAAGAAGAAGGUCUACUUCGUCCGAUCCUUGAUUAUUUUCGUACGAUUACCUCGCGAUUAGACACGUGACGAUGUCGCGAACCGACGUCUCGUCCACGAACGAUUAUAUAUACGCUAAUUGAGAACAGUGACCAUCGUCUAGCUUUCAUUCGCUCGUUCAAUCGCGCUUCUCGCGUUUCACCGAAAACGUUCCUAAGAAAAUAGCGCUACUCUGGUUUGGCUCUACGUUUGGUGCAAACAAAUAUCGCGACGAAUAGACGGAGAAAAUAUAGGUGUCCGACAAAUUGCUGUGCAACGAUCCGGAACGAACCAGAGAGAGAAACAAGACGAAACGGGACAAGAAGCGGCAAAAGCCAUCGGUCGUUUACGUAACGAUAUGUGUACUGUCAGUAAGAAAGUUACCAACAGUAGGUCAGUGUUAAUGUCCCGGAACGAGAGAUUAUUUUGUUCGAAGGGAAAACCGUCGGACGGAAUAAAAAUCUCUCUCGUUGUCUCUCUUCUCGAAAAAGAGAGAAAGAGAGAGAGACAACGAGAGAGAAAGAGAGAGAGAGAGAAAAAGGAGAAAGACUUCCGAUGACUCUCUUGCUCGCAGUGCAUCUUGAUCGUCCAUCGAUGACGGCCACACGUCGUGGGAGCCAUCGUCAUUGCAAAAGAUACAAAGUUGUGCGGGACCCAGAACGAAGAGAUAUUUCUAUGUAGCGUUUAAAUAAGAAGGAUGGCUGGCCGGAUAUAGGGAAGAAGGUUGAGUGCAUAGAGCAUGAAUGUGUAGAGGAUGUAAGAAAGAGGAACGCGUGCGUGAUGUAGAGUUGCUUGGUGAGGGAUUUUCAUGUGACAAUUAUAUCUAGAUGAGGAUGUAUAUCUAGAUAAGGGACAGAAUAGCGAAGAUGAUUUUCAUUCUUUGUAUAUAAGAAAAAAAAAAAAAUACACGUUACGAGGAUCACCUGCCUUUUACUGUAAAGAAGAUGAGGAAGGAAGAAAAACAAAAAAAAGAAAAAAAAGAAUGUGGAACGUUAACGAAUGUUAUUAAACGAGAGAUGAUAAUUACUGCGUUCGCGAAACGCCUCGUCUCUUGGCUGAGUAGUUACGAAUGUUAUAAAUCGGAAGAGAAAGUCCUUCAAAAGGGCGACAAGUAUUAUUACACCGUGGCUCUUUUCGGAAAUUCCCUUUCGAUCUAUCCGCAGCUUCGAAAUUUCCUUUCACCCCCUAUAUCUUUUUUGCGUUCCUUCCAUUAUCUGGUCACUCUCAAUCUCUACGCGGAUAGACUUGAGAACCAUGUCACGAACAAUAAUUGAACACGAAAUAUCGCGCGACGAGGCCUCCCGUGCGACCCUAACUCCGGAAACUCGGAUCCUCUAUUUUACAAAAAGAAAGAACCAGCAACGUUUCUUCUGCUAUUGAUAUAUCGUUGAUACGAUUUCUUGCUUUGAUAUACAUAUAAAUAUAUAUAUAUAUAUAUAAAUAUAUAUAUAGUUGUUGAAUUUAUAUUAUCGUAAUGUUAGAUCGAGCGAGCGAUCGAGGGUGGCACGAGACAGCCUCGAGGGCGCGACGUGUGAAGAUAUAAUGUGGUAUGGAUGUAAAUAUUAUUAUACAUUCUCGUAUAAAAAUGUAAUAAACCAAAGAGGCGAAAAGAAAGAUCGAGACGAAAGUUAAGGUUAGCGUCGUUGCACCUAUAAAAAAAGAAAAAAUUGAAACAACUGACAUAUUAUUCAGGAGUACAUUUACAUACAUACAUAUAUACAUAUACACGCGACACACAAGCACAUUCAUUACACAUAAAAAAAACAUACACAUACACAUAUUCACAAACUACACGUAGCUUAACUGUCUCCUUAAUAUAGGUGUUGACAUGUCGCCAAGAAGGAUACGAGAGUAUCGUUGAAAAUACGAGAAAAUACCACUCGAGGGUUGAAAGUGAUGAAAAAAAGGAGGUGGAGGAGGGUAAAGGAGAAGGGAAGCCACUUAUAACUGACAUAGAAUAGUGCAAACCUAACUAUAUUUACUGUGACAUGUAAUAUCCUUAACGACAAAAAAAAUGCGAUCUAUUUGAUAGGAGAAUUGUUCUGCACAAACACGAUGCUUCAUUGAUAAUUAUAGUGUCUCUCUCUCUCUCUCUCUCUCUCUCUUUCUCUCUCUCUCUUUCUCUAUCUCUCUAUCUUCAAAAAAUACGUACCUCUCUAUACCUUAUGGCAAUUAAAUGUAUCCAACACGAUAUUUUCGAUCGACAAUUCGUUUCGGGAAAUCGAGAACGAACGCUAUCCGCGUUCGAGCGCCAACUAUCGACUAUCGUUUUACUCGAUUCGAGCUCAUCAAAAGAAUCACGCAUAGACAUCAUCGAACGAUCAUUGUUAAUUCUAAUUGUAAUAUCACGAUCAUUGUCGUCGCCUCGAGUAUAGGGAAUUCACAGUCAUCCUCAUGUCGCGUAAUUUAAUAAUAAAAAUAAAUUCUAAAAUGGAAAAAGAAGAUAUCGCUAUCACUGAUUAUCAAAAAAUGGAAAAACGAAGAAGAAACAUGAGAAUAAGAGGAGAAGGAGAGGAAAAUAAUGUAUUCGUAUAAUAAUGCUCGCGUGACGAUCGGCUUUUGGAAGCGUCGCGCGAUCGAUUAAACGUAUUGUAACGUGGACGAUAAAAAACGAUCGAUUUUUCCGUCGACGUUACGAAAAAAUCCCAAGCGAGCGUCGUUAUUCAAGAGCAAGCCAACGAGAUUCUAUUUGGAACAUUUUAGGUAAUUAUUUUCCGUUCUUUCGUUUUUCCUUGGAAUAGAAUCUCGGUGUGCGCGUGUAUCUUGAAACGAGAACAAGUUCUAAAAGGAGUGAGGAGAGAAAGAAAAAAACUGAACGACGCGUUUCGUUAUAUUCGACGAGUCCACGUGUCAUUUUUAGAGCGUACGAAAGGACAAAACACUUUGUAUGCACCUCCCCCCCCCCUCCCUCCCCCAUUGUUCAUGCCCAUUUGUAUUGCGUAGAUGGACCGAUCGAUAAUUAUAAACGAACGUGAGAAUACUAUUAUAUAUAUAUAUAUAUAAAUAUAUAUAUAUAAAAGAGCGACAGAACGAAACACUACUGUAACUACACCUGCCUCUUGUGAAUAAAUGCCUAUUUGUUUCUUUUCAA